AGACCGACAGAAAUCUAAACGCAGAAGUAGAAAAAUAAAACACAGGGGGAGAAUGCACUGUUAGCAAGCCGACCUGCUACAACUAAUUGAUGAGCUGAAACUCGUCUUAAAAAUGAAACUGGUGAGUAAAUAAUCUGUUAGCAGCUACAGACGGAAAAUCAACCUAAACCGAGAGAAUAAACCCCCUAAAAGUCGUUAAAUUUAGUUGCUGUAUUAGCUUAGCAACUUGUAGCCUCCACCACAGAGGGUACAAACAAGACAGAUGAAUGUGCAUGAAGGGUGAUAAUGAGGAAUAAGGUCUAUUUUGAGUUGUAUAACAAAGCAUACAGUACCAAUAUAGUUUAGUGAAGAGCUGUUGUUACCAUGGUUACCCUUUGUGACUCUCCUCCUCACAUGUGUUUUCUCCAGUAUUGUCUUUCUGGUCAUCCCACUUUACCUUGUAAUGUCCUCAAGUUCAAAUCCACCACAAUCAUGCUGGACUGUGGUCUGGACACCACAUCUGUCCUCAACUUUCUCCCCCUUCCUCUGGUUCACAGGUGAGUCACUUAUCACCUUAAAAUCUCUUAUUUACACACUGAUUGUACAUCUGUUCUCCUGGAUUGUUUCUACUCAAGAAGACAGUAAAAUGGAUUUUAUAGUUUUGUUUGUUUGUUUUUUUCAGCCCCAGACUCUCCAAACUGCCGGGUUGGGUUUCUAAGGAUGGAACAGUAAACUUAGAAAAAGUAAAUAACAAAACUUCACCUUGUUUUUAAUCCCACUUUACUUUCUGGACCAAAACAUGUAAAGAUUUGACACUUGAUAGUACUAAAAGAGGCAUUUCUAUCCAUGUUUUUCAGGAGCUGAAGGAGUGUGCAGGACGAGUGUUUGUGGACUCACAGCCAGAAUUUUGUCUCCCUGAGGUACUAAAACUAAUCACCACACAAACAUUUCAGUUAUCCAGUAAAUUCAGUUCAUUUUACCUCUUCCGCUAGAUGCAAAUGCUAAUCUGGCCUUAAUCUGGUUUCUCGUAUCUGUUUCAGAGAGAGCUCCUGGAUCUGUCGACUAUUGAUGUCAUCCUGAUUUCUAACUACCACUGCAUGAUGGCCUUGCCUUACAUUACUGAACACACAGGCUUCACAGGGACUGUAUACGCCACAGAACCCACUUUGCAGAUUGGCAGGUAUGAGAUUUGAGGGAAAACUGGUCAAAAUACAACAAGUUUGGCCCAAAUUAAAGGGAAUAAUUGCUUGAUAAAGUCAUCAUUUCCUGAAUUUGAGUAAAGGUUUUAGAGUGGUUUUACACACUUCAGGAGAAAUUGUGUUGUUUUCUUCAGACUGUUGAUGGAGGAACUGGUGAACUUCAUGGAAAGAGUUCCCAAGGCUCAGUCUGCCACCUCCUGGAAGAGUAAGGAAAUACAAAGGUAAAUUAUCAGCUUAGAAAAACUGACACCAGAGGAAGAAUAGGGAUGAUUUGGAAAAUUUAAAUUCCACUUUGUUGGACGAUAUUAUAUUUAAAAGUAGAAAAAAAAGUAGUAUUUUUUAUGUGCCUUAUAGAAAAACAUGUGGUACAUAAAAAUAAAAAGUGCUGAUAUUCCAGGAUGCUGCCUGGUCCUCUCAAAGACGCAGUAGAUGUGUGGACGUGGAAGCGAUCCUACAGCAUGCAGGAGGUCAAUUCUGCUCUCAGCAAAGUGCAGCUCGUGGGUUAUUCCCAGAAAGUGGUAAGAACUUCCUUCUGCUUUGUCAUCUCCACUUAAAGCAUAUUUACCUGCAGUGAACCUAUGAUUGAUACUUCUGAAGUGUCUGCCUUUUUGUUGAUUUUUGUAAAUAUUCUUCUUUCUCCAGGAGCUGUUUGGAGCCGUACAGAUCUCCCCCUUGAGCUCUGGUUACUCAUUGGGUAGCUCCAACUGGAUCAUCCAGUCUCAUCAUGAGAAGGUUUCCUAUGUGUCAGGUUCAUCCCUCCUCACCACACAUCCACAGGUACGUCGACAGACCUGAUGCUGAUGAAAUCAAACAUGGAGACCAAAGAAACCAACAGUGAAAAAACGUGAUGCAAUUCUUAUCCUGUUGCUCGUCUUUUCUUCUUCCAGCCGAUGGACCAGAGCUCCCUGAAGAACAGCGAUGUUCUGAUCCUGACAGGCCUCACACAGAUGCCCACAGCCAACCCAGACGGCAUGCUGGGAGAGUUCUGCAGCAACCUUGGUAGGUUCAAAUGGACUGGAUUUAUCACAAAAAAGUACAAUUCAAUUUUGCCACUGAAAGGAACACAAUACUCAAAGAAAAGAAAAGUGCAUGAAGGAUUAAACUUCCUUAAAAGCUCUCAAAUUUAUAAGUGUCUGAACAUGAUGCAUCACUUCUUUAACCCAACAGCGAUGACAAUUCGAGCGGGGGGUAAUGUGCUCGUGCCCUGCUACUCCUCAGGGGUGAUAUACGACCUGCUGGAGUGUCUGUACCAGUUCAUCGAGAGCGCCAAUCUUGGCACCACGCCCUUCUACUUCAUCUCACCCGUCGCCAACAGCUCACUGGAGUUCUCUCAGAUCUUUGCGGAGUGGUGAGGAGAUGCUUAUCAGAAUUUAUAUACUGAAACGGACUGUUUGGAAAAACGUUCUAAGUUUGGUUGAAGUGUGAGAAGUUACUAUGCUGAUUUAAAGGCAUGAAACAGUAACUCCAAAGAUGUUUGUAAGAGUGUUGCUGAUUGUCUAAAGUCACCUGAUACCCUUACUUUCGUAUUUUCUUUGACUCUCAUGUUCUGAUCAUGUUUAUAUUUCUUAUUCUAGGCUUUGUCACAACAAGCAGUCAAAGGUUUAUCUUCCAGAGCCUCCGUUCCCUCAUGCCGAGGUGAGUCCAGCUGUUGUGUUUCCUGACAGAUCACAGUAUUGUUGUAGUCCUCACACCUUCCACUUUGGUCAGAAAAGUUGUUCAUGUAGGAUUAACUCUUACGACACCUUUGUCUUUGGUUCAGUUAAUCCAAACCAACAAGUUGAAGCACUACCCCAGCAUUCAUGGAGACUUCAGCAGUGAGUUCAGACAGCCCUGCGUGGUUUUCACCGGCCACCCCUCUCUACGCUUCGGCGACGUGGUUCACUUCAUGGAGCUGUGGGGCAAAUCCGGCCUCAACACCAUCAUUUUUACAGGUAACUCUAUCACUGUCACUCAUGUUAGAUAUGAACAAAAAAGACUGAAGCUGUGUUUGUAGAAUAAACUCUGAAUCCUUCAUCUCCAGAGCCAGAUUUUUCCUACCUGGAUGCUUUGGCUCCCUACCAGCCACUGGCUAUGAAGUGUGUCUACUGUCCCAUCGAUACACGGCUCAACUUCCACCAAGUGUCAAAGCUGCUCAAGGAAGUCCAGGUACUUCCCAGAGAGAUUUACAAAUACACUCUUUUCAUUUUGACUGACUGGUCGCACUUUUUCCUCACACAACUGCACCAACGUGAAAUGAUUUAGAAGAGGGAGUCGAGGGGAUUACGAGGAAAUGAGAAAUGUGAAAUAGAGUGGGAAAAUGUCGGGCUCAGAAACAGCUGCCUCCUUUGGCCUGUUUUGUUUACAGCCAAUACUGCCAGAGCGAAACUGUGGGACAAGAAAAUCAUUGUUUAGUCAGCAACGGUCCUGUGGGUACGACCGGAGAGUGGGAAAAUUUUACGAGCUGAAAGGCACAAAUGAGGUAAAGACAAAGCUCUGAUCAGCACUCAGAUAACAGAGCAUUAUAGUGAGGGUUAUUUCUCUGUGCCCCCCUGCAGGUAUCCCUCUCUUCAUUAAAAACAGGAUCAAUCUGGAACAGACAGGUCUUUCAAAGCUGCUCUAUAUCAAAAAUAUCAAAGUUGGACUCAGUCGGUUUCUGUCUGCUGUCUUUCCCACCUGCAGCCCCUCCAUGUGGUGUGUCCAGAGCAGUACACGCAGCCCCCAGUGACCCAGUCCCACCGCUCAGAUCUGAUGCUGGAGCUGCAGCCUCCUCCUAUGCCCUACAGACGCUGCUCUGUGCUCAACCUGCCGUUCAGACGAAGAUAUGAACGUGUCUACAUCCUGCCUGAGGUGAGAAAAAGUCGGUGUGUUGAGUAAAGCAGCUGUAGCUUUAAUUCAUAAAUCUAUUCUUUAUUAUCUUGUCUAGUUAUGAAGAACCAACAGACAAAAGCUGCUAGGAUUUAAAAGAACCGUCUGUUCCUUCUCUUUACAGCUGGCCAACUCUCUAGUGCUCUCUGAGGUCAAACCCGGCAUCUCCCUGGCAAAUGUGUCCGCUGUGCUGCACUCCAAAGACAACAAACACACUCUCCAGGUGAGUGUGUGUCCAUCCCAUGUGUUUGUGAACAUGCAGCUCAGAAAUGAAUCAGCUGAAAGGGAUAUUCUGGCAUAAAAUUAAUUUAUGGUCAAACAAACCGCAACACCGAGUUAAGACACCCCCUCGAGAGACGAAUGUUGCCGACCGCUUGCUUCUGAAGUCAUACCAACCUUCUUCAUGGAAAUGCAAUCAGACCGAGACGCUAAGGCAGAAGAACUACCGCGUCUGCAGUGCAAAAUGAUUAAUAUGUUGAUUAUUACUUCAAGGAAAUGAUAAAGAAAUGAUCAUAAAUGUUCUUCCUUAAGCUGCGGCACCCCGCUGUAGUCCAUAAUUGACUGGACCAAGGUCUCACUACAAACAAGCGGCUGCUGGAAGAGACUCAAUUCAACUCAACACAACACAACUUUAUCUAUAUAGCACUUUACACACAACAGAGUUGAUCCAAAGUGCUUCACAACAAAACAAAAGAAGAGAACAAACAGACGACGAAGAAGAAGAGCGGACUGAGUGACAGUAAUAAUAAUAACGAUAGCAAUAAAAAUAUUGUUUUCAAUACCACCACUAUCAUCAUCAUUCAUAAUAGUAAUAAUAAUAACAAUGAUAAUGACAACAUAGAUCUACCGACCUACAGAACUCACAGAGCCUACAUGGGAAAUGGCUGAGCUAUAAAAGUUAGGGACAGUUAAAAGUUAGGGAGUUAAAGUGGGUUUUAAGAUGAGUCUUAAAAAUCUCAGUGGUAGGGGAGAAUCUGAUGGUGGGGGGAAGAGAAUUCCACAGUUUUGGGGCAGCGAUAGAGAAAGCCCUGUCCCCGUAAUACUUAAUCCUGGAUCGUGGGACUGACAGAAGUCUUUGGUCAGACGAUCUUAGUUCUCUCAUUGUGUGAUAUGGGGACAAGAGUUCUGUGACGUAAAAGGAGGCAAGACCGUUCAAAACUUUGUCAACAAACAUCAGGGUUUUAAACUCGAUCCUGUAGCUAACAGGCAGCCAGUGAAGGGAGGCAAGAGUGGGAGUAAUGUGCUCCCUCUUCUUAGUUCUGGUUAAAACUCUGGCCGCUGCAUUUUGAACUAGAAGAGACUGAGUGAUACCAAAAUAAAAUGCGUUACAAUAGUCGAGGCGGGAGGAUAUGAAGGCAUGAAUGACUUUCUCCAGGUCAGAAGUAGUGAGAAAUGAUCUUACUAAGACAGUGGGGGAGUUGUGUUUAGUCUCUCUGCUAAAGAAACCAGUCCAAGUUAAAAAGAUGUUUGAUGGCUGGGACCCUAUUUGUCCUGUUGAUGAAGUUAGGUGCUGUUCUGAGCAUUAUUUGUGGCUAUAGAGUGGCGUUUUGGUUGAGCGCGUGGCUCUCUGUGUUGCUAUCCUGCAGUCGUUACUAAAGUUGGUAUAACUAGAGAAGCAAGCGGUCGGCAACAUUCAUCCUAAUUUGACCCUAAAUUAAUUUUACACCGGAGUAUCCCUUUAACUCGCCAAAGUUUUCCCUCGUUUCUGUCGCCAGUCGGUGCCCAAACCUCCUCCUGUGGCGCCCAGCAAGAAGAGGAAGCGGGUCAUAGAGGAGCCUCCAGUGAUGCUUGCCCCCAAACCCCUGCUGAGCGGAGCUGUCCCGCUGGAAUCCUUCCUCGCCACGUUGCAAAAGGUAUAAUUUCGGCAAAUAUCAGGUCAGCUCAAGGCCGGCUUUCAUAACCGAACCAAUCAUCUCAGCCUCUCAGGCAUAAUAUUGAUUGGAUUAGUAGAUUUUGCAGCAAAGACGAGAAGAUUUAGAAAAUUAGAAGAGACAAAACCGAUUGAGCCGACAGCUGGGAAAAUAAGAAUCCCACAAAUAUUAAAUGAUCACAGACCUUUGGCACUGUCGUAUUUACAGAAACAACAGAUCUCUAAAUCAUCUCCUUCUCCCUGCAGCAUGGCAUCACAGAAAUCAAAGUGGAGGAGACGGCAGACGGACACAUCCUCCACUUACAGGAGGAGGACACGCUGAUUCAGCUGGAGGAGGACGGCACGCACAUCGUCUGCGACAACAACGAGCCUCUGCGCACCACGCUGCGAGACCUGGUGCUCCGCUUCCUGCAAAAACUCUGACCUGAAUCUGCCGAACGCUUCAUCUGUGUGAGUUUUCGAAGAGUGAGCUGGGAGUCAAAGAUGACAAUGAUGAAGGCGGAGGACGUGAAACACAUCAUAUAGACUAUUCACAAACAAUUCACAGUAGCUAAGUGAUGUUUUGUAAAAUAGUAUUUUGUAUUAAAAAAAAUUUUGACCACUGAAGCUACAUUGUCCCGUUGAUGGUCAGAGAAAUAAAUCCACUGCGCUCCUUA